GCCGCCGAUGAUCGACGGCCUUCCGCCCAUUGCUGUGGCCAAAGUUGCUGAGCUCAGCGCGUCGCAGCUUGCGGCACAUGGCCUCGAAGGAGUGCUGAGGUGGAAGAUAGAAUACGAGCCCUUCUGGGCGGAGUUUUUCCAGCGUCUCACUGAUGUCUUGGACGAGGUCAGCGUUGGUGAUGCUCUUCAGCUUGUGCGCGUGUUUGCACAGCUGAGAAGCGUCCAUCUCGACAGCGUGGCCGCCUGCGUCGCCAAAGUCUGCGAUGCAGAAGCGGAGAUUCUGCUCGAUCUCAAGGAGACGGACUUGGCUUAUGGAGCUGAGGCGCUGGCCACGAUGCAGGAAACGGAGGCCCUGGCAGUGGUGCUUCGUGUGCUCGCAUCCCGCGUGUACAGGCUGGAGAUUCCUUUGGCAACGCGGCUUCUUGAUGCGUGUCGCCAGGUGUUGACCCACGAUACUGGGACUACAGCCCAGGAGCGCAUGAUUGAGGCGUCUUCUGCUGAAUCCUCAGACUUCGCUGACGCCUUGUGCCGAGCGGUCGUUGAAAAGGAGGACAUGCCAUACAAGCAAGUUGUGGAGGUGGCUGAAGCUACGGCGCGUCUGGCAGAAGCAAAUCUCUACAGGAUCGAGCCGCGUUGCGGCCUCGAGAUCUUGUUCCAGCAUGCUUUGCGCCGAGGAAGAACCGAGACCACCGUGGGGUCCGCAGACGUGGAGCGCCUUGUGGUUGCGGCGAGGUCGAGUUGCAAAAGCCAAGUGGCAGCCCUGCAGAAGUUACAGCAGCAAAAGGUCCAAAAUGCGACAUCAGAUGUCCUGGCAGAAUAA